UGAAAACGGCAUGAGGGCGUACUUCUAUAUGGUCCAGAUCAGAAGCGCCGAUGAGCCUAUGACUACGUUUUAUAAGUGUGUUACUUGCGGGCAUAAGUGGCGGGAGAAUUGAUCUCGACUCUCGACUCUCGCCGAUGCAUAUCACGCUCAUGUAUGGUAUUCCAGUAUUCUCGUCGCACCGAUCCACCAGCCUACCAACAGCCUACCAUCAUCACCAUCAUCCUCGACAUCCCCGACUGCACCGAAAGCGACCCCAUGUACCCUGUAUACCCCGAGCGCAACAGUAUGGAGGAAGAGGAUAUGAUCGCAUAUCGGACGAGGUGGGAGUGUUGCUUUCCUUUCAUAUUUCACAUUUCAUGUUUAUACACGGCGCUGUUCUGUUCUGUAUACUACCUACUUUGAUUUGCUUUACUUUACCAGCGGGCGUCAAAUGUAUUGUUUUCUGUCUCUGUCUGUCUCUGUCGGUACUUGUAUGGUACUCUGCUGUGUGUGGUGUGCAAGGUAUCGCCACCGUACCGUCCCGUGCUGUCACGACCUCACCACCAUCACCACCAUCACAAUCGUAAGCCACAUAGAAGUACUUACUUAGGUAUCUAAACUCCAUACGAUAAUUGACAUAUCCACCCCCGCCCAAGUGCGAUCCCCUCCAUUCCCACUGUUUCACUGUUCCCACCGUCCCCACAAUUCCCACCAUUCAACGAAUCAUCGCAUCCCAUUUCCAUCUGCAUUCCGUUGCAAUCGAUCCGCAACAUCCCACAUCCCGCU